UAUAGGCCAGCCCAUUAUUAUGUGUGUUUGACCUUGACUCUUAAUUAUUCUAGAGUAUUCAGAAAAACUCAUGUCGGAUCUCGUACCUUCAUGCUAUAUGCCAACUUUAGUCAUAACACUCGAAAGUUAGCUAGAAAUCUCUAGCAACAUUCUCGAAUCAUGGCUCCCUCGUUAGUACCUGCUAUAUAAAUACAUAACCAAUUACAAGUGAAGCAUAAGCAAGCAUUUUCAAUUGAAGCAUUUUAUCAAACACAUUCUAUACAGAGUCAAACUCGAGCAAUUAAUCACCAUGGAUUUCACCAACUUCGGCAUCGACUCUAGGCUUCUCUCCACUCUUCAAGACAUGCUAGACUUUGCAGACGAUCACGAGAAGCCAACACAGAACAAUCCAACAAGAACCUACGUUCGAGAUGCAAAAGCCAUGGCAGCCACACCUGCUGACGUGAAAGAGUAUCCCAACUGCUACAUCUUCAUCAUUGACAUGCCGGGAAUCAAAGCCAAUGAAAUCAAGGUUCAAGUGGAAGAUGACAAUGUUUUGGUGGUGAGCGGAGAUAGGAAGAAGGACAAGGAAAAGGACGAGAAAGAAGGAGUGAAAUAUCUGAGAAUGGAGAGAAGAGUUGGAAAAUUUAUGAGGAAAUUUGUUUUGCCUGAAAAUGCAAACAUUGAUGCCAUUUCUGCUGUUUGUCAAGAUGGGGUUCUUAAAGUCACUGUUGAGAAAUUGCCACCACCCGAGCGUAAGAAACCUAAGACCAUUGAUGUCAAGCUUGCUUAAAAUAGGGGAACUAUAUAGACAAAUUAAGUUUGGUUCUAUGAGUUUUAUGUUUGGACUUUGGAGUUUGAAAUUCUGUUUUAUAGUGGUGCUUAUGAUGUAUUUGGACUGUUUUCUGCUGUGUGUAAGACCUUUUGGUCUGUGAAUUGUUAACAUCAUGAAUAAAUUUCUUUGAAUUAUUUACUGGAA